AUGGGCACCUUGGAAGGUUGCACUGCGCGUUGUCCUACUUGUGAUUCAAAAUGUGAAGAUAUUAAAGGCAUCAGAUAUACACAUCAUACCUCUGCACAUAUGAUCACGGCCUUUGGAGGAUAUAGUAACAAUAUUGACCAAUUUGUUGAGUUAAACAUGCUAAUGGACAUCAAUCAACCAUCUUGGUUAAAAAUAGAGUCUAAAGAUGUUGCGGAUAACGAGAUAAGAAAUAUGCGUGGUGUAUGGUGGCAUCUUAGAGAGGAAUGGUGUGCAAAAUAUGGUAUGAAGGACAUAACGCCUGCGGAUUGG